AUGGGCAACCCGCGCCAUGUUAUUGUCGACGAACAGGUGACCGCGCUGGGGUCCAGCGGCGCGACGACGGCCUUCGAGUUGGGUCUGCUGGUGGGCCAAGUGAGCUCCUCGAAUGCUGGCGACUCCGUGCUGGCGGUGGUGCCCGUUCCGUCGGAGAGCGAGACCGGGGAGGCUGCGACUGCACUCAGCGACGUGUCAGUCGACUGGGUGCAAGAGGUGGCUCAGCAGGUCGACCGCUUGCUGCCCGGAGGUAUCACCGUGCUGGGGCUGUACGUGGUUUCGGCUCGGGACGUUUCGACGCUGCUUGUGCCGUACCUGCGCGCCACUGCUGAGGCGGUGGCGCUGCCCUCCAACGUGAACGUCGGAGACAAUGUCCACUACCUGGCACUUGUGUCUGCGAGCGGGGAUGUUGCGUUCCAGAGUUUCUACGACGUGGCGGAUGUCAACAAGACUCAAAUGUUGCCUGCGGAACGCAAAACCCCGACGACAGACAUGAAGUUCAAGCAGUACCGUACGCUGGUUGACCUUGACGAGCCCACCCCGUUCGUGAAUGUCCCGCCAAACGCGGCGAUGGCGGCUACGGAGGUGGUUGAGAGACGUAUGAACGAGGUGGAGAAGCAGUUGAAACCGUUCUUCCGCCGGGUGGAAGACUCCAUUGCCGUUCCCAAGCUCACGGGAGAUACGGUGGCUCAGCACAUGAACCUGCUGACGUUGACACCUCCCGAAACGAAGCAGUUUGUCGAGGAUCCGCUGGGUGGCAUCCACGGGUCUAUUAGCUGCGUGGCUUUCGUGAACCAAAACGAACCCGAGGCGAACGAGGUGGCAGCGAAUUACCUCAAGCGAGACUUUGUGAAAUCCUUGUUGGUGCGUGUGGCGUUGGCUCGUGAGAGGUGGGCUGAGGACGACGAAGUUGAGCCCAACGCAGUGUUCAAGGAAGGUGGCACCAUUCGUCUCGCGCAGCGCGGUCUCGUCCCGUGGCGCUCCGCAGCCGCGUCGAGUCCGCACUUUUCCGCAACGAUCCACGUGUUCCCCGACGAAGACGUGGUUCAGGCGGUGAAGAAUGCGCUCGAGAUCCUCGGCGGAGGCGCUAACAACGACGCCGCUGGCUGGGCUGCAAUGGAGAUCGGCGGCCAGUUAGGCUCUCCCAUGGAUCUGACGUUCGGGGUUACCGAGUCGGAGCACUUCAAGUUCGUCUACUACCUGCUGCCAGUGGUCCUCGUACUGAUCCUUCUGGUAGCCCAGUACAUCAUGUGA